GACACACUUGCUCGCUGCACACUUUCCUCCCAAGACAGUGAUUCGAGAGAUGGAGUCUAUCAUGGCACGAUUUUUUUGGUCUGGCUUGGGAGGGACACGACGCUACCAUUGGGGAUCUUGGAAAACUCUAGCACGACCGACGAGGGAAGGUGGGGUUGGCUUCCUUGAUUUUAUGACUUUGGCUAAGUCUUGUUCGGCCAAGCUCUGGUGGAACUUUAGGACACAGGACACUAUUUGGACGGCAUUCAUGAGGGCUAAGUACUGUAGCCGCGUCCAUCCUGUGUCCAAGCAGCGUGUUGAUGGCGAUUCGCACACAUGGAAGCGCAUGCUAGAUGUUCGAGCCGUGGUUGAGCCUGUGAUUCGAUGGCGUGUACUCUCUGGCACGUCUAACUUCUGGUGGGAUACAUGGUCUGGACUGGGUGCCUUGCAUCGCCAGGUCGAUGGCUGCAGUGGGUACUGGACUGGUGGAGUGGGUGAUAUGUAUCGCUCUGAUUUUAUGAUUGACCAUGAUGUUCUACCCCCUGAUUUGUUACGGCAGUUGCGCCUUGAGCCGCCAUCUCUUGUUUCGGCUCAUGUGGAUAUUCCGGGGUUGACCCCGUCUACGGAUGGGAAGUUUACUCUUGCUUCUGCUAAGGAGCUUCUUAGACCGAGGAGGGAUGAUGAGGUGGAGGACACUGUGCUUAAGAGGUGUUGGCAGAAACACUUACCCUAUAAGAUGUCCUUUCUAGCAUGGCGCGUUUUGGAGAGGUGCCUUCCCACUGAUGAUGUCUUGGCGAGAUUUGGCAUUGCUUUGCCUUCUCGGUGCUUAUGUUGUUCGCUGCCAGGACGGGAGACCAUUACACACAUUUUCUAUCAUGGGAGCAUGGCGCGGCGUGUUUCGACUUAUUUCACAGAGUCUGCCCGUAUCCGGGGCACACAUCACAGUUUGAGGUCCGUCUUGAGUAUAUGGUGGGCGCAGAGGCCGAGGAGCAGGAUGCUCUCGUUCCUGUUCCAUCGCCUGCCGAUGAUCAUUCUUUGGGAGAUUUGGACGCACUAUGCUGCAUGCAAGUAUGGGGAUGCUCGCCCCAACUUUGCACGCAUUAUUUUUCGGGUGGCUACGGCGGUGUCGGAGUGCAUCUAUCGUCGCUGGCCUAGCGGGGGUCUCUUGCCUCCCCGAUGGUCAGUGAUCAUGGAGCACUAAUUUGGGUGCCUUAACGACCGCGUCUGUGGUUAAGAGGCGCACUAAAUUUAUGUUCCAUUUUUCAAAUUUGUUUUCUUCAUGUGAUUAUGUGAGAUUCUUUGGAGGAAUAGGAGAUAUGUUUUCUUGUCGGCCAUCUUGAUUUGGUUAAACCGUUAAAGGAUUAGACAUCUAUUUAUAGUGGAGAGGCUUGGUAUGAAUACAAAUACAAGUGGAAG